AUGGCUUCCCAAGCGGAUCAACAAUCGGCCUCAUCCACCGAUCCCUCCGCUAAUUCCUGGGGUCGCGCAGAGCGCAAGUUCACGAACAAACCCGCCAGCGAGUAUUAUGAUCCCUGCCAGGACUUCGCGGAUCGAAGUUUAAAAUGCAUGAAACGCAACGGCUUUGAUAGGGAGAUGUGUGGCGAUUACUUCCAAGCCUAUCGUGAUUGCAAGAAACAAUGGUUAACCCAAAAGAAGCUUGGGACCGACAACCAAAAGGCAUUGGAAUGA